UGACUUGUCGAGGGGGCUGGAGAGCUACUCGCUGAAUGUGAGUCAGCUUUUGGAAGGGAGCUCCUGUACUGGCAACAUCCUUUCUACAAUCACACACUCUUCAUCCAAGGGAAGAGAGAGGGGGGACGGCCGGCCGGCAGGCUGCCAAGGUGGAGAGGAGGAAUUGUCUUCCAACUGAACCUCGGGGUUUGAAACAAGCCAAUUCAGCCUCUCUGAGCCAACACUGCAAAACCUUUCCAAAAUUAAAACAAAACGUUUUGUUUUUUGAACAGCGAGCGAGCAGCAGUUUGCUGAGUUUACUUUUUGCUUGGAGUUUGGGAUUUCUUUUUAAAACCUUUCUCUUCCCACCCCCCACUCGUCUCCUCCCCAGACGUCGCGACCAAACCACCAGUGGAUUUGGGAAAGAGCCGGGACCGUUGGAUCCAUGAAGCGCGUCUGAAGAAAGGGUCUCUCUCUCUGUGUCUGUCCGUCUGUCUGUCUGUCUGCCGCUGCAGUGCGUUGCUUGGAUGAAGAUGUCUGCCGUUCGCUGGGAUCUCCUCCUUGCUGGACUCGUGGUUGCGUGUUCACUUGCUGCCCAUCGCGGAGGUAGCGUGGAGUUUCAGGAGCUGAUUCUAGAACCUUCCUCCAACGCCACUGUGAACUGCUCGGCCAGCGGCCCCGUCGACUGGCUGUACGAUGGGGUGGAGAAUGUCCAGACCGAUGGUCGGUUCCUGCACAUCUACAACGCCGCCAGCUUACACACCAGAGAGUACGUCUGCUCCGCCAACAAGAUCCCCGUGCUCAGCGUCUACAUCUUCGUGCCAGAUCCCGAGGAGUGGUUCCGUCCCCAGACCCAGCAGGAGAUGGUGAUCAUGGGCGAGAACUCUGCACACAUCACGGUGCCCUGCUUGGUGACCAACCCCGACAUCCACGUCUCACUCUACCAUGGAGAGACAGAGAGCCUGGUGGACACCCCCUACGACAACAAGCGAGGCUUCACCGGCAAGUUCAAGGACGGCACGUACUGGUGCAAGGCCAGCCUUCACGGAGAGGAGCAGGAGUCUGAGGAAUACUUCGUGCAAAUGUUUUCAGCUCCUGAGAACCUCGUGGUGCGGCUCCGGGCGCCGAGGACGGUGGUGAAGAGGGGGGAGGCCAUUAGCAUCACCUGUUCUGCCAACGUUGAGCUGCUGGAAUUCAACUGGACUUUCCCCAGGAGUGAGGGAGCUACUAUUUGGGUGUCGGAUGGUGGUGAGGAGGUGAACUCGACCCUGGAGCUGGAGAAGGCCCUGCUGAAAGACACGGGCUGGUACAACUGCAGUGUCCUCGGAUACUUUCCCCAGCAUUCUGAGGACAAAUCUCUACACAUCACCGUCCUGGCCAAAGGUUUUGUGGAGCUGAGCACCGACCUGUCACCAGUGGUCGCAGACCUGUCGGAGGUGAAGAUGUUGAUGGCUAACAUCUCGGCCUACCCGGCCCCCAACGUGCGGUGGCUGAAGAACAACGUGGCCUUCAACGAGAGGACCAACCAAGUGACAUUCAGCAAUAAGACCCUGGGGGAGAACAGGUACCAGUGCGUACUCAAUCUGAUCCGGGUGAAGGCGGAGGACUUUGGGAACUAUAGUAUUGAGGUGUGGAAUGAAGAUGCAAAGGCAGAUUUCACCUUCACUCUAAGUGUUAACGUGCCAGCGAGGAUCGUGGAUCUCAAAGACUAUCUGGAAGCCACUGGUCACCAGACUGUAACCUGUGUUACUGAGGGCUCUCCAAUGCCAGAGAUCAGCUGGUACACCUGCCAGAACCUCAAGAGGUGCAACAGCAACGAGGAGAUGUGGUCGCCGCUGAGAGUCAACGCCAGUGGGAUCUGGGUGAAGAGGAGGGUCCUUGAAGUCCAACCCAACCAGAUCUACCGGGUGCAGAGUGUUGUGACCCAGGAGAGCGGAGGGGACAUCAAUGCCAUGCGCUGCUCCACCAGUAAUGGCAUCGGCAAGGCUAACCGCGAGAUCAAACUGGUCAACAACGGCCUACACUCCCAGCUGGUCACCGUGGCAACCAUCCUGGUGUUUCUGGUUAUCAUUAUCAUCUCGUUGGUGUUGGUGAUGGUCGUGUGGAGAAAGAAACCUCGCUAUGAGAUCCGCUGGAAGGUGAUUGAAUCUAUCAGCUCCGAUGGCCAUGAAUACAUCUACGUUGACCCCACACAGUUGCCGUACGAUUCAAACUGGGAGUUUCCUCGAAACCAGCUCUCCUUGGGAAGGACGCUGGGCUCAGGGGCCUUUGGCCGGGUGGUAGAAGCCACCGCACACAGCCUGGGGCACUCCGACUCCAUCACCAAGGUUGCUGUCAAGAUGCUCAAGACCACUGCCCGGACCAGCGAGAAACAGGCACUGAUGUCUGAGCUGAAGAUAAUGACCCAUCUCGGGCCCCAUCUCAACAUCGUUAACCUGCUGGGAGCCUGCACUAAGGAAGGUCCCAUCUACCUGAUCACGGAGUACUGUCGCCAUGGCGACUUGGUGGACUACUUGUACCGUAACAAGCAGAGCUUCGUACAGAUGUGCAGCCGAGUGGAGAGAGGGGAGACUGAUGGAGGUCUUGUCACCAACUACCACCAACGCCUCAAGAGUUACGUGGCCCUGUCUUUUGACGGUGAUGGGGGAUACAUGGACAUGAAUAAGGAGGAGCGGGUGGACUACACGCCCAUGUUACAGCCGCCCGCACCAGGCGGGUACGCACAGAUCGCCCACGACCACUACACCGACCCCUACAUAGAGCAGCCCAACACACGUACAGAUGAGGAUGAUUCUCCAGAGCAACUGCUCAUCAGUGAGUCGCCUGCGCUCAGCUUCAUGGACCUGGUGGGGAUCAGCUACCAGGUGGCACACGGCAUGGAGUUCCUCGCCCUACGAAACUGUGUCCACCGAGAUCUAGCGGCAAGAAACGUUCUGAUCUGUGAGGGGAAACUGGCGAAAAUCUGCGACUUUGGGCUGGCCCGCGAUAUAGUCAACGAUUCCAACUACAUUUCCAGAGGAAGUACCUUCCUGCCGCUGAAGUGGAUGGCCCCGGAGAGCAUCUUCAACAACCUGUACACCAGCCUGAGUGACGUGUGGUCCUACGCUGUGCUGCUCUGGGAGAUCUUCACUCUGGGUGGGACCCCGUACCCAGAGUUGCCCAUUAACGACCAGUUCUACAACGCCAUCCGACGGGGCUACCGGAUGCCCAAGCCGCACUAUGCCACCGAUGAAAUAUACGCCAUCAUGAAAAAGUGCUGGAACGACGAAUUUGAGAAGAGACCUUCCUUCUCCAGCCUGGUCACAUCCAUCGGGAACCUUCUCACUGACAGCUACAAGAAGAAAUACGCUCAGGUCAGUAAGGAGUUCAUGAAGAAUGACCAUCCAGCUCUACGCCGGACCAGACCCAACACCUACCAGGACAACGAAGAUAUCAUCUACUCCAACUGCCAGUACCCUCAGGGGCAGGACAAUGGGUACAUCAUCCCCCUGCCCGACCCUGACCCCAGCGAGGCCACUGUGGACCUCCCCACCCCAGCAGAGCUGCCCACAGUAGAACCGUCUGACGGGACAAGGCCCAGCUCCCUGGCCUGUGGUGAGAAUGAAGAACCGGCCAACACUGGUGAUCUUCCUCAGAUGACGGUAGAUGCCACCAAGGUGGAGAUGGAGAGCGAAGCUGAGUGGAACCAACCGGAAGUGGAGGACAGUUUCUUGUGAUGGCCCACCCUCCGCCAUGCCCUCACCUCCUGCCCAGACCAUCCCCAGAACCUCCCACCACUCACCUGAUGGACAACCCCCAGAUCGCCCAUUCCAUCCCACGUGGGGAUGGGACAUGGGGAAUUACUGGGGUUGAUGAAGGACCUCUUGAGCAAGGGUCAAGGUGUGAGGAACCUCUUGAGCAAGGGUCAUCGGUGGAUCAGGUGUCCACUCUCAGGGGAAGUCCAUGCCCGGGAAUGGGUGCGCUUGGGUUUGGUGUUCCCAAGCCCCCCCCCCCCCCCCCCCCCCAUUCCCACUGGUGAUGAACAUUUGCUGAGGACCCAUCCCUGGUUUCCCACUCCCGCUCCAUCUCCAGGCUUCCGUGGAUCUCCAAGCCAUGACCAAUCUCCCUCGAACCGAGAGGUUCCUCCACUCCCCUCAAACUGAAGGCUUCUCACCCUCCACACUGAGGGAUCCUUCCACAGUCAUAGUCAUACAGCACAGAACCAGGCCCUUCGGCCCAACUGAAGUUCUCUGGCAGCUCGUUCCAUAGACCCACUACCCUCUGUGUGGAAAAAGGUACCCCUCAGGUUCCUAUUGAAUCUUUCUCCUCCUCGCCUUAACUGUGAGUCCUCUGGUUCUUGAUUCCUCUACUCUGGGUAAAAUCCUCUCCAUUCCCCUAUCAAUUCUUUAUACACCUCCUUCUCCUUGUGUUUGACAUCCAGGGAGUCUACCCAAGGCUGGAAUUGCUCAUCUUAUAUUAAGAUAUAUCAAGCUAUACCGCAGACAGUAUUAGAGUGAAACAAGGUCAUUGUGAUAACAAGUCUACUUUUAUGAAUUGAACAGAGAAGGAUGCGUUUAUUUGUUUAGUUAGUCACUUUUAGAAACCUCCAACGAUGUAUUUCUUGUUAGGAGGUAAUUACCCUGGUACUAAUCUGGAGUGAAAUCUCUUCAGGAUAAUAUUAUUUAGAUAACAGCUAGGUUAAAGUGUAAUGCAGGUCCACCACCCAUUUUCCGGCACCCUUGGAACCUCAGCCACUGGGGGCAAAUUCGACCUGCCGAUCAGUCACGGAAGUCCCGAUGAGGUCGAGAUCGGACGCCUCACCUGGCCUGGGUGACACAUUUUCGGGGGACUUCCGGGGGGGGGGAGGGGGGUGGAAAUUGCAAGUGCGCUCUUGUAAUAUUGUCUGGAUUAAAGGAGGUGCCGGAAAAUCGGUGGUGGAUUUGUAGUUUGUAUAAUAAUGCAACAUUUGAGUUUAUUCCAUCCACCUUAUAGGUAGCAUGUUUUGCACAAAAUUACGAUAUAUAAAGGAACUUAUUUGUCUCUUUAUUUUCUUUAUGGCAAAUAUUGUAAAUAUAUUUGUUUUGAUUACUUUGAUCAUUUCCAGUGUCACAAUCAUUGGAGUUUGUGUUUUCAGAAGAGAGGUUCUGUGGGUGUUGUACCUUUGGUUUAAUUUAGAAAUACAGCAAGGAAACAGGCCCUUCAGUCCACUGAGUCCACACCGACCAGCGAUCACCAGUUAUAUGUUAUCCCAGUUUCUCAUCCACUCCCUAAACACUAGGGGAAAUUUACAGAGGGCAGAUUAAUUUGUGUACUGCCUUGGUAAUCAUACACGCAUGUCAUCUUUCCUCCACAUCCACAAACUCGCAACAAUUACACUGUAAACACAAUGACACAGUUCAUAUCUGCGUAAUUUUAGUUUAGAGAUACAGCAUGGCCCACUGAGUCCACCAUCGAUCACACGUUCACACUCGUUCUAUGUUAGCCCACUUUCUCAUCCACUCCCUACACACUAGGGGCAAUUUACAGAGGGCUAAUUAACCUACAAUCCUGCAUGCCUUUGGGAUGUGGGAGGAAACCGGAGCACCCAAAGAAAACCCAUGCUGUCACAGGGAGAACGUGCAAACUCCACACAGACAGCACCCGAGGUCAGGAUCGAACCCAGGUCUCUGGUGCUGUGAGGCAGAGGCUCUACCCGCUGUGGCACCAUGCUGUCUCUCUGCAGCCAAUAGGAAAAGCUACCAAAUUCUUUGUCAUCCAAAUGAAUUAAUGCCGGCUGAUUGAGGAAUUCCCUUCCUCUUCCCCACCUCCUGUGUUUCUAUAACACUGAAGUGAUAUCAACAAAGCACAGGAUUCUGUACAGAUCCUAUCCUUCGUGGAGAACAGUCCCGUCCCGAAAUGUCACCCAUCCUUUCUCUCCAGAGAUGCUGCCUAAUCCGCUGAGUUACUCCAGCACUUUGUGUCUAUCUAAAUGUUGUUAUGGUACCUGCCUCAAAUACCUCCUGCAGCAGCUUGUUCCAAACAAGCUUGUGUGAAAAAGUUGCCACUCAGAUUCCUAUUAAAUCUUUCCUCCCUCACCUUAAACCUAUGUCCUCUGGUUCUUGAUUCCCCUACUCUGAGUGAAAGAGUCUGUAUAUUCCCCUGGUGAUUUUAUAAAAUCACCCCUCAACCUGCUGCACUUCAUGAAAUAAAGUCCGAGCCUCCCCAACCACUCCCUGUAACUCAGGCCCUCAAGUCCCACCAUUCUCUGUGUGAAAAAGUUGCCCCUCAGGUUCCUAGUUGAUCGCUGGUCGGUGAGGACUCAUUGGGCCAAAGGCCCUGUUUCAGCGCAGCAUCUCAAAAGUAUAAAAUCAGGGCCACACUUUGUCCCGUUAUUAUCCCGAGUCUGGAUGUGACUCUCAAACACGAUUAGCAAAGCAGGUGAAACACCAGCAGGCAAUAUAGCUCCAGAGGCACAGUUCUGUACAGCCUUGCCUUCAAUCCCCACACACCCUUAUCCACUCAAACCUGACUGAUUCACCCACUUAACCAUACCAACCCCACCCCCACUAUGAAGACUCAAGAAACUGCAGAUUCUGGAAUCUCAAGCAAAACGCAAAGUGUUGGAAGAACUCAGCUGGUCAGGCAGCAUAUAUGGAGGGCACAUGCUGAUUAUCAGAGGCCUACGCACUCUCCCAGUCGCUAACCAUUUCAACUCCCCUUUCCAUUCCUACACUGACCUUUCUGUCCUGGGCCGCCUCCACUGUCGGAGCGAGGCCACACACAAACUAAAUGAGCAGCACCUCAUAUUCCGCUUGGACAAUUUACAACCCAAUGGUAUGAAUAAUAAAUACUCUAAUUUUAGAUAACAUUGGUUAUAUUCGCCCUUCCCCACCUGGACACGCACACAUUUCUACCCUUUAAUUUCACGUAACUUCUACCGAUACUAUUCCCCUCCCCCCAAUCCCCCCCAAUCAUCCACCCUUUUCAUUUAACCAGUUCCACAGUUCUCCAUAUUAUCUCUCUCUUGAGAUCACACCUUUCCCAGCCAACACUGGGCCUACCAGGACAACACCCUGCCUGAGGCCAUAUGUGUCCAACCCAGAUAUGUCCUGGUCUUUUUCCGCCUCCAGCUCUACACCUCCCCCUCCCCCCAAUCCCUAUUUUCAGUCGGAAGAAGGGUUCCAACCUGAAACAUCACCCAUCCUUUACUUCCAGAGAUGCUGGCUGACCCACUGAGUUUCUCCAGCACUUUGUGCCUAUCUGUAGAGGGAAUGGAUAGAACUACAUUAGACAGGCGACGUUUCGGGUCAGGUCGGGACAGACGGAACCUGUUCAUUUCCUCCACGGAUGCUGCUUGACCCGCUGGGUUCCUCCAGCACUUUGUGUUUUACACCAUGUUAUGAAGUUACUUUUAGUGUGAAUUCUCUCUGAAUGGGCUAUGUGACAAUGUAUGAUUGGGGAGGUGUGUAAGGGUUUUUUAUUUAGUUUUACAGGUAUCUUAUCUCAAAAACGGUACAGUCAAUAUCUUUAAAUCAGUUGUAAUGGUGUUCAUUUAGAAUGUGUACUGUAUGUAAACAUUGUGUUAAGUGUGAAACGUGUUUUGAUAUUUGCCCCGUUGGUCAUUAAUGUAAUAUUCAUUUACCUUGUUAACAAAAUAAACAAGUUAUUUUC